GAAAAUUUUUCAAAAAUGGCAGCGGUAAUAAAUCAACAUCCUUCUGUUACAACAAGCAGUCUUGGAGAAAAUGCAAGAUUAGAAUUAUUACAAAAAGUUGAAGGCCAACUUGGAGGCCGGAUAACUGGAAUUAAUUUAUGUACAAAGGAUGAUGCUAUUUUGACAACAAAUGAGGACCGUACACUUCGAGUUUUGCUUAAACGUGAUUCUGGGCAAUAUUGGCCAUCAAUUAUUCAGGACCUUCCACACAUUCCUACAAAAUUAUAUUUCGUUGAAGCAAAAAAUCUUAUUUUUGUUGGAUUGGUUAAUGGACUUGUACAUGAAUAUUCUGUUGAAAAUGAUUUUAAUAGUAUUUCAUUUAAACGUGUUUGGCCUUCACAUACAAGCUCAGUGACUGGAAUUGCUCUUUCCAAUAAACUUGCCUUCAUUGUAAGUUGUUCCAGAGAUAAGACUGUUGUUUGGCAUUCAACUACUUCUACAAAUAAAAUUGGUAGCUAUUGUGCUCAAUCUCCAUGUACUACCAUGGAAUUUGAUGAGGAUUCUUCUUUUGUCUUUGUUGGCGAUUAUUCUAGUAAUGUUUAUAUUUUGCGUUUAAGUGAAGGAAGUCCAAUAGCACAAUUAAUUAGCAAAUUAAGUGCUCAUACAGGUGCAAUUACUGCAUUGGCUUGGGAUUCAAUCAAUCAGUUACUUUAUUCUGCAAGUGCUGACUCUCUUGUAAUUGUUUGGGAUAUUGGUGGUAAGCGUGGAAAUUGUUAUGAAUUAAGUGGCCACAAUACAAAAUUGACCUCUUUGGCACUAGGAACUAAGUCUCGUCGCUUAUUUUCUGCUGAUGAAAGUGGCCGUCUAAUCUGUUGGGAUAUGCGAGCAAAACGUAUUAUGGCACCUGCAUGGCGAGAUACUGACCAUUGUGAGAUUUGUGACUCUCCUUUUUUCUGGAAUUUCAAAGUUAUGUGGGACAGAAAGAUAGUAGGAGUACGUCGACAUCAUUGUAGAACUUGUGGGCAAUCUGUUUGUUCAAAUUGUUGUAACAAUACGACUAUAUUUCCUGCUAUGGGAUUUGAGAAACCUGCAAGAAUAUGCAAAACUUGUAAUGGAAAAAUGCAGAGUUAUCCCGAUCAAUUUGACUUAACGCCGUUGGCCGUGACAAAUGAUUUGCGACAAGGAAUUGCUCAAAUGACAUUAGAUGAGCAACAAAAGAAAUUAGUCUCUGCUGGAUUUGACCGAGUUAUAAUGAUUUGGGACGUAAGUAAUAUGCUCUCUAAUUAA